CACCUCCACCUCCUUGGGAACAAGGUGCAGCUCCAGCCAGAAGACAUGUCCUGCUACAACCCAUGCCUGCCCUGCCAGUCCUCUGGCCCAACCCCACUGGCCAACAGCUGCAAUGAGCCCUGUGUCAGGCAGUGCCAGGACUCCCAUGUUUACAUCCAGCCGUCCCCUGUGGUGGUGACCCUGCCCGGCCCCAUCCUCAGCUCCUUCCCGCAGAACACCGCCGUGGGAUCCUCCACCUCCGCUGCUGUUGGCAGCAUCCUCAGCUCUCAGGGAGUGCCCAUCAACUCCGGGGGCUUUGGUCUCUCUGGCUUGGGCAGCGGCAUCUGUGGCAUGAGGAGGCGUUUCCCCUGCUAAAGCUGCUGGUGAUGGCUCUGGGGAAGGACCUCAGGGGCACACAACAUGAUACUGGACUGGAGACAGAGCAUCGGGUUGUUGUUUUCAGAGGGGCUGAGCAACUCCAGCAGCCCUUGCAAAGGGAUGGGCCAGCCUGGGCUCUCAGAAAGCACUGCUCAUGCUGCCUUCUCCCUCUUCCAGUGUCUCCUGUUCCUCUUGUGUCCUUGUUCUCUUGUGCUCCCCUGGGUUGUGAGCCCCACAAAGCCAGCCUAGGGAGGACCUGCUGGCCCUGCUCCCUCUGUGGGGGAGGCAGAUAAAUAUCUGGCAGGGUCUCCACCACCGCCAUGGGAAGAGGCUCCUCUCUGCCCCUGGUACUCCUUGUGCUGGGGUCUCCACUUGUAUUAACUUAAUUUUCCUCUUUUGCCCCAUUAAGGUUCUGCUGCAUCCCAUUUCAUGCCUGUAUGUCAUUCUUUCACUUGCAGAUGCUCUCACAUGAUGCCCAGGGUCAGACCUGGUCUUCAGGUGUGGUUCUGGGAAGGGGUUGUUUGGGAUGUUUUUGCAGUGACUCUUAAUAAAUAUGGGCUUGCUUUGAUUUUGCUUACCCAAACUUGAGGUGACUUUCUGCUUUCUAAACUUUGCUGAAUAUCUUGGGCUUGAUAAAAUUAAAUGACAGAGAUCAAUAA